ACUUUUCUUCACCACCUCAUUCGUUACUGUUCUCCUUUUCCUCCAUACCCUUGUUUCUCCUCCUUUCCUUCACUACCUCCUUCUUGCCUUUCUCUUCUAUCCUCUUCUUCUACUUGACCCUUAAUUUCAUGACUUACCUCCUUGUUUGCUUAUUUCCUUCUUUGCUUCCCUACUUCUUCUAGCCUUUAAUUUCUCUCAUUUACUACAUCCUUUUAACCUACCUCCCUCUUUCAUUACAGACCCCUUGCUCUUAUUCUUAAAUACCUUCUCCUUUAUACCUCCUUCUUUCCUAUUUUAUCCUUCCUACUGUCCUAUCUAGUUUUUUUUCUUCUCUUUAAUUCACAAUUUCCUUCCCUCCCUCCUUUCCUACAUUUCCAUACUCCCUCCAUUAUUUUUGUUUUCCUGUCCUUCCUUUCCUCCUCCUCCUUUUCUACUUUCUCUUCGACUUGCCCCAAACGGUUAUUUUUAACUUUAUUGAUAACGAUGUAACGCAUUACAUGGCCACGUGGUGUCGCUGUGUCGCUGUACUUAAAAAUACUUCCACUCCUUCCUCUCCUUAUGAGGAGAAAAGGGCGGGGAGACAACUUGUAGAUGAAAGUUCACAGUAAAUUUGAACCCUCUGCGGUUGUGUGUCUCUGUCUGUGUCUGGCAGGUCAACAAGUAUCCCGGUGACAGCAGCAGCUGUUCAACCAGAGUAAGUGUCCACAGCUCAGAGAAACACAGAAACGAGAUGGGGAGCUCCUGAAAAGUUCGUUUUUUCGUCUCUUAAAACACAAAACCUGAGGACGACAAACUUCAAACUUGUCCUCGAGCUGAGAGAGGUGAUGUCUCCGCUGCAGUUCUCCGUCUACUGGCGUCUCUCUCUCGUCUUCGUCUUCACCUCUUUUCUCUUCUUCCUCGACAUAUUCACGGCCGCCAUCACCGCCACCUGUCGCCGUGACAACGGCACCGACUCGGACACGUCGCGUGGAAUGUUGCCGUCUGCCGCGGAGAGCAACCAAUCACAGCCCGGGGAAGGCUCGGAGGGCGAAGCCGAUUGGAGCACCGAGAGCGGGAACCGAGACUCAGUGUGUGGUUGGACAGACUGGUUGUCCUAUGGUCAGACUCUCUUCAUGGUUGGUCUGCUGCUGGGAUCUCUGAUUGGAGGAGCAAUCUCUGACCGGUAUGGGAAGCGUCCGGUGCUGCUGGUGUGUGUGUGCGUGCACGCUUUGUGUGGCCUCGUGCCCGCCGUGCUUCCUCAGCCGCUCCUCUUCCUCGCUGUUCGCUGCCUGACAGGCGUUUGCUGCUGCUGCAUCAACAUCUGCUCCUUCAGCCUAGCAGUGGAGUGGACUCAGCCGUCCGCUCGGCUCUGGCCGCCGGCCUUCCUGCCGUUCUGUUUCAGUCUGGGGACGAUGGCUGGAGCUCCUCUGGCCUGGCUCAGCCCCACCUGGAGACACCUGCACCUGUCGCUGGCUCUGCCACAGCUGGUCUGUCUGCCGCUGUUCCUUUCGAUCCCAGAGUCUCCUCGCUGGUUGUUGUUAAGGAGGAGGAUGGAUGUUUUGGACCGUUACCGUAGCAACAGCCCUGCAGAUAAACAGUGUCUGGACCUGCUGUUGGACUCCACCUGGUCUGACCUGCAGAAAUCCACCGAUGUUCAGAAGGAAGAACCGCCUGGAGGCCACGCCCCCAGUGACAUCAUUCACUUGAGACAUCCGACCGUCCUGCUGCGACUGUUUAUCAUGAGCUACCUGAGCACAGCAUCAGCGUUAACAUACUUUGGCAUCUGUAUGAACAUCGGCUCGUUCGGCGUCGGCGUCUACUCCGCACAGUUCUUCUCCGGCCUAUCAGAAGCUCCCUGCCUGCUCGUCCCACUGGUUCGUCUGGGGCGACGACCAAUCAGCAUGCUCGCUCUGUUCCUGAGCGGAGCUGCCUGCUUCUUGUCGUUACUGCUGUCCAGAUACCACGGUGAGCCAGUGCUGGUGAUGAGUCUGGCUCUACUGGGAAAACUCUGCAUCCUGGCUGCAAUCUUCAUCUCUACACUGUACAGCAUCGAGCUGUUCCCCACGGUGGUCAGACAGCGGUGUGUCUCCCUGGUCAACCUGUGUUUCCGUCUCGGCUGUCUGGUCAACACUCUCGUUCCCCCCAAUCCAAACGGAGCGAUCUCAUUUGCUGCCAUGGUCGUGUACAGCAGUGGACCAAUCGUAGGCUGUGGCCUUUGCCUGUUGCUGCCGGAGACCAGCGGCGUGCCGCUUCCCGAUUCGGUGGAGGACUGUGACAGGCAGCCUCGGCCCCGCCCACCCAGCAUGGACGGCUUCUGGAGGACACGGAAGCUGGUGAGCAGCCAAACCAGGAAAACAGAGAUCCUCCCUGCUGAGAAAGACGACACACACACACCGAACACACACACAGGACUGAUAUGCACACACACAGUCUGAGUCUUAGUUUGUUUUGACUGUAAUGAUCAAAUAAAAUUUUUGUUUGUAUUUAGUUCUGGUUUAAAUUAAAGACCAAAAAUACAGAGGGAGCAUCAAAGUGUUUGUGUUUAUGUUUUGUUGGAGAGAAGAAGGUGAAGCCACGUUUAUACUUCACACAGCAUAAACAUGUUGCAUAUGAGAUGUCAGAUUUAUUUUCCCCUUCAGAUGAUGCUGGAGGAUUUUUAAGACUUGAAAGAAGUCACGUGUUUUAUUCUUAUGUUGUAUUUUUGUUAUCACUUUGUUCUGUUUUCAUCACUGUGGAAAUAAACUGAGCUGAAAUGCA